UAAUAGAAAUUCCACAUUGCUAUUGACAUUUGACAUACAUCAAAGUACUGAAUCAAGACGACCAUGGCUUUCGAAAUCUAUAUCCCUUCAAACCUCACAUUUCAAGACUACAUUGCUAUCACACAAUGUAGUAGAACUCUAGCUGAUGGAUAUGAUCGAAAAGACAAAGCACGACUUCGGGCAUCUCUCGCACCAAACAUCAUAGUAGACUAUACACUCGUCGUUCCUGAAUGGGGCCAACAAAUCUUCACUGCAGACGCUUUCGUAGAAGAAUGGCUCGGCUCUAUAAAACUCGGAGUGAAAGCUCUCGCUACCCAACAUCUGUUAGGAGCACCAUAUUUCAAAAGUGUUACCGACUCGGAAAUUGUCGUAGAAUGGCAGCAACUAGCAAGUCAUGCGCGGAAAGUAGCCGGCGAGGAUUACAAUCACCCGCAUUGUAAGAUUGGGGAGACAUCGGAUGGGAGAUCGUAUAUGCAACAGACAUUUGUGAGGGUAGAGGGGCAGUGGAGGAUUUCGAUUAUUAAGCCGGAGGUGAUAUAUCACACAGGUGAUUUCAGGGCGGUGGGAAGACCAGAUGAGUAGCGUAAAUAUUUUAACUUCCGAGUGCCGA